AUGAGCAAGGCCUUUGCAGCACUACGCCAACGCGGGAUGCUGGCCGCUUUGACCCAUCAGAACGCAGGUGCAUCCAUUGACAAGAUGCUGCAAAGCUCGCGUAGACCUGCUGUAUACUGUGGCUUUGACCCCACAGCGGACUCGCUGCAUUUGGGCAAUUUGCUUCAGGGUAUGGCGCUGCGCCAUUUUCAGCGUGCAGGCUUGCGUCCAAUACUGCUGGUCGGUGGUGCCACUGGUAUGAUAGGAGAUCCAAGUGGGAGAUCAGAGGAGCGUGUAUUGCUGUCGGAUGAUACAGUGGCGUACAAUGCGCAACAGAUCACCAAAGGAAUGUCGGCCGUCCUGGAUUUUGAUGAUCCUCAGACCGGUGCCAUCAUCUGCAACAACACGAAAUGGCACACGAGUAUGUCAGCAGUCGCAUGGAUGCGGAAUAUUGGCCGCCAUUUUCGCGUGAAUGCAAUGCUACAGCGCGACAGCGUGAAGAAACGCUUGGAUGCAGACCAAGGAAUAAGCUUUCUCGAGUUUUCGUACCAAUUAUUUCAAGCGUACGACUUUCUGUAUCUCUACAAGAACUAUAACUGUAUUGCACAGAUUGGCGGAAGUGAUCAAUGGGGCAACAUCGCCUCAGGCAUUGAGCUCAUUCGUAAGAGCACGGGCGAUGAGGCUUACGGAGCGACCUUAGAAUUGCUGACGACGUCAUCAGGAGAGAAAUAUGGGAAAUCUGCCGGUAAUGCGAUCUGGCUGGAUGCUCAAAAGACUUCUGUUUUCGAGUUUUAUCAAUUUUUUUAUCGCUCGGAUGACAGUUAUGUAGAGACAUUGCUGAAAAGCUUUACGUUUCGCGAUUUGAAUGAGAUACGUGACAUUGUAGCUGAACACGAACAGGCGCCUGAAAAGCGCACUGCCCAAAAAGUUCUAGCAGAAGAUGUAACCAGGAUGAUUCACGGGAAAAGUGGCUUAAAGGUAGCUUUAGAUGCUACUGAACUAUUUUUCGGGAAGAAAAACGAAAAGUUGAGUGCGGAAACGAUGAUAUGCAUGGCCGGAGACGCACCUAUGGAAACUCUAUCGUGCGCAGAUGUCAUUGAUCAUCUUUUAGUGGACCUUGCUGUGAAAAUAGGAGCAACUAAGUCAAAAGCUGAGUGUCGUCGUUUAAUCAAAGGUGGUGGCGUUUAUCUCAAUAACGAGCGCAUUGAAUGCGAAUCUCGUCGUGUUGAAUCGAUAGAUCUUCUCGAUAAUAAGGUAUUAGUAGUUCGCAUCGGCCGACGAAACAAUUUUAUUGUCCAGGUGAGAUAA